AUUUAGACCAAGAUGGCUCCCCCUCCACAUUUGCCUGUACAAUGCAGCAAGACGAUGACCGUGCAAGGAUUUGGCAGUUUACUGGGAUAUCUCCCCUUUUUAUUGACACUGUUGAUAGGGGGAGGUAUUGUUAUGUGUUAUUGUAUGGCUGUGGCGUAUGGUCACGUAGAAGCUGCUUUUCCUUAUAUCAGUGACACUGGCACGUUCCCUCCAGAAUCUUGUGUCUUUACUCUAUUCCUCAACUGUGCGGCGGUUGUAUUACUAGCGAUAUUCACGCUAAAGUACCUGCACGUAGUACAGUACAAUAGACAAUGCAGUUCGGCGGUAACAAGAAUUAAUACUGCUGCUCUCGUAAUCGGAUACGUCGCUGCUUUUGGAAUUAUGGUAGUGGGUGCCUUCCAGGAAACUAACGUAUUGGCAGUGCACGUUUUGGGGGCGAUGAUGGCAUUCAUUGGAGGUACAGUCUACAUGUUCCUGAUUGCAUCGCUGGGAUUCCGACGGGACGUUAACUUUGGUGUGGACGAGCGAGGGUACGCCAAGGCUCGACUCUUCAUGGCAUUUCUCUCCGCCAUCAGCUUUAUCAUCAGUAUGACAGCUAGUUGUGUAGCGUGGUAUCAGUGGGUCCCAUUCGACCCCGAUUCAAAGUCCAAAUUAUGGAACGAGCGUGAUAAGGUACCUCAAUGGAAACGGAGCCCGCAUCUCUAUGGAUACAACAUACAUCUGGUGGCUACAGCAUUUGAGUGGGUCAUGGCCCUGGACCUGCUUGCAUUCCUCAUGACAUUCUCACAGGAGCUUCACAUUAUUCAGCUACAAGUCGUUUUGGUACGGCACCCCCUGUGCAGCAUAUUAUCAAGUCCAGCAGUCUCUGCUAACUCCCAACAUACCACUCAAGACGUCCUUCUUGAUACAGAUAAUGAAUUGUGUGAGUCAUGAUGAGUGAUGAUUAUUGUUGUUAUAUCUAGACUAUCUAAUAUAAUGUAUUGUGUAAUGUGUAUUGUGAUGAGUGAUGAUUAAAGUGUUAAGCACUUCGCCACAGUGUUUUUCACAGUUCAGUAAGUAGCGUUGUUAUCAUUAUUGUCAGCUUACUUGACGAAUAACCAUAUUUCUGCUAUCUUGAAAUUUUAAGAAAUCAUUGCAUCAUUUCCCACUGGUUUCUGGUCAUUGACAAACUAAUCGGUAUAAAAAGUAAUUUUUCGUCCUUCUAGAAUCUAGAUAAGAGAACUUAAUAAAAUUUUAAAUCGUCAAGUAAUAUGACAAUAAAAUGCCUUGUCGAGUGUCUGUAUUUAAUGUCAACAAAUAGAUGAAAUAAAUAAAUAAAAGUAACCAUGGAGAUUGGACGGAACUUACCAUGGAGAGGGUACGACGUAUAAAUUUAUUUUGACACGUGCUAGUGAUUAUCCAAUCGGAUCACUGCUACAAGCUGAUUCACUGUCACGUGUCCAAAUAAACUCACGCCCCUUCCCAAUCCCCAUGGUUACAGUCAACUAUUAGACCCAUCAGUCUGAGUCAAUAAAUAUGCUCAAAGUUUAUUAAGAUACGUGAGAGUGAAACAGACAGCUGGACUGGGUCUACUGACCAAAUGUCUGUCACCUCGAUUCAAGAAUGAUUGAUUUUUAGAUGAUUAUUUGUAUUGGACUGAAUUAGAAUGUUUUGUUACAAUGUUUGUUAUCAGUUUUGGUCGGCGAUUGCCGCAUAAAAUGAGUCUAAUUGAAUGAACGGGGCUUUUGUUCAUGAUUGAUCUUAUGAUACAGGUCGUUUAGUUGACUGAAUUGUAGACACCGUGUCAAAAAUGUUAAAACUAGUCGGCAAGAUUAUCAUUAGGGUAACUUAAUUUUGUCUGUAAACGAUGAUAGUGGUCAAAAGUUUGGUUAAUUAAAUAAGUUUAUGUACGGUAUUUUGCAUUAUGCCGAAUAAUUAUUGGUUUUUCGUGAGCAAGUCGUUGACAAGGAUGUGUUGGAAAGAAGUGUGAUUGUUUCCAGAAAAAAACAGUGAGAAUCAAAUUGAAUUAUGUGUGUGGACGAGUUAUGUUUAUAGUUUUAUUAAUGAUUUGAAGUUGAUUAUUCUCAUAAUGAAUUUUAUUAUAUUUAUACCUAUUAUCGUUAGUCACUA